AUGGGGAAGUCCGCUGCAACACUCGAUGCAGGCGCAAACCCCCCGUCAACUCAAGCUGCCGCAGAUGGACCGCGAAACUUUGAGUUCGUCCUGGUCACGGAUUCCGAGUCCAGAAGACAGGUUCGACGCCAUGCUAUGCGGCAGUAUGUCCAUCAACGGCGGCUCGAUGGUAUAGCACGGUUGGAGUCGACACGGGUGCAGGUUACGGGAUGGUCGACGGGGAAGACGCCGAGUACAGCAAGCGCCUCACCCAAGGUAGAAGAGCUCGAGAACGAUGACGAGCCCAAGGCUCCCUGUAGAGCUCGCAGCCUGAUUCAACGCAGGGCCAGUCAGCGAGCGGCGGCGGCAGCGGGACAUAAACUUGGAAGAAGUGCUACCGCAAGCCCCCCCGCCAGUUCAACGGAAUGGAGGCCGGUUGAUCCGAAAGCCGAGUCACCUCUCGUUGCGUAUGAGCCCUUCAACUGUCUGCCGCUGGUCUCAAAGGAGGUUGAUAACGAGCUGAUAGAUCACUAUGUGACAAAAUAUCCCAUGAUGAUGUAUAAAAUGGAAAACGUUCAGCAGGAUAACCCUAUCCGGGCCAUCUUUCAUAAUAUAGCGCUUCACGACCCUGUCCCAUUUCAGGCCAUGCUUGCCGUUGCUGCAAAGCAUAGGGCAGGUAUGGAGGGGCAGGUGGAGACUGUCCAAUCCCUGACACACAAGAUGCGGGCGUUGAAACUGAUUAAGGAACGGCUGAAGAAUGACGAUAUCGACAAGGAAGAUGGCACUUUAUAUGCGGUCGCCAGUCUAACUGUUAUCGAGAAAUGGUCGAAAGAUUCUGUUGUUGAACGCACGCAUUUCCAGGGAAUCAAGCAAUUGAUUCGAAGGCGAGGAGGCAUGCAAGCAAUGCGAACAAGAAGCCCGACAGGCCCGUUCCUGGAAAAGGUCGUCUACUGGGUUGAUUUUUCUUGUGCUUCAAAUGCUAUUGUUGGCGCUGGUCUUCCCUGGACUGGCGAAAUACCAGAUAUACCACCUAAAAACAUCAGUUUUGUAGCUCCCGAGGUUAUCCCCGUGAUUCCUACGGAAAUUCCCGCAAACGAAGAUCCUGAUGAUAUCCCUGACAUUCUUCAGGCAUGCGAAGAUUUCCUUUCGUUUUUUCGAUCCCUUGACGACUUGGAAUGUGCAUUUUUGUACAAUCAACCACUCCCGCCACUAAGGUUGGCGAAUGAUGGACUCGGCAGACCACCAAAGCCUUUUGAAGAAACAUCUCCACUCUAUACACUCCUAGCUAAUCUUCCGGACUAUGACCACGGGAUACGCGAUGUCCGCUUCAUCGACGAAUACACCUGUAUGGCUUGUUUAUUAUAUCUAAACUUUGCUCUCCAUGACUGCUACCUAAACCAUAAGAACUUCGAUGACUAUCUGAACUGGGUUAACCAGGCAAUAAGGGGAGUAAAUCCACGGUCGAGUCCAAGCAUCGCCUCACUCCUCUGGAUAUUCCUCAACAAUGGUGGGUUCCAAUACGACGAAAAGUCCGAUUCUGGCGAAAGAAGCUGGCUGGUAUCGAGGAUGCUGCGCGUUGCGAAACGGUUAGAAUGGGAGCAGCAUGGCAGGCUUUGGGACAAAUUACGUUCUACCCUGUUUCAGUUUUUGCUUACCCAAAGUCAAUGUGGCCUUGGAAGGCCGUUUAUCGAUGAGACAGAGCUCAACGCUCGCAAGGAGAGGUUAAGUCGCGGGCGACAGUUUAUUUGGGAUGAAGACGAAAUGCGGCAAAACAUCCUUGGAAAUCUAUAUACAGGACCUCCACUAUUUGGGCAACCUCCUAUCUCUGUGACCCUUUCUCAUAACUACUCUCAAGGCACAGUAGUGACCAACACUACCACAGGCCUUUAG